GUGCAGCAAUUGUGCGCAUGUGCAGCAGGGUUCGUUUUAGAGUCAACUGGAUGGAAAACUCACGGAGCCAUUCAGAGCACUCCAUGCCGCUCGGUGAACCGGGGCUGCAGUGAACACCGCAGACGGAUCGCGUGAACUUACAACCGGAGUUGGUGAAUGAAAAGCGCAGUUUUGAUCCAGUGUGUUUGAAGCUCAGCUGAUCCUUCUCCUGUUCAUCGUUGUCAGUGUGUGAAGAUGCCGCCAGCGACAGGAGGGCCGGUGGGCUACACUCCUCCCGAGGGAGGCUGGGGCUGGGCAGUGGUGGUAGGGGCCUUUAUCAGCAUUGGCUUCUCCUAUGCCUUCCCCAAGUCCAUCACAGUGUUUUUCAAAGAGAUCGAGGUGAUCUUCAAUGCCACCAGCAGCCAAGUGUCAUGGAUCUCGUCGAUUAUGCUGGCUGUCAUGUAUGCAGGAGGACCAAUCAGCAGUAUUCUGGUGAAUAAGUUUGGAAGUCGGCCAAUCAUGAUUGCUGGGGGCUGUCUGUCUGGCACAGGGUUAGUCGCCGCGUCCUUCUGUAACACCGUGGAGGGUCUGUACUUCUGUGUGGGAGUUAUAGGUGGCCUGGGUUUGGCUUUUAAUCUGAAUCCGGCAUUGACCAUGAUUGGCAAAUACUUCUACAAGCGCCGGCCAAUAGCUAAUGGCAUCGCGAUGGCGGGCAGCCCAGUGUUCUUGUCCACCCUUGCCCCGUUGAACAGCUGGCUGUUUGAUCAUUUUGGGUGGAGAGGCAGUUUCCUCAUUCUGGGCGGAGCUUUGCUGAACUGCUGCGUUGCGGGGUCACUAAUGCGGCCCAUUGGACCAAAAGCACAACCUGUCAGUCCAAAAGAGGAUGGCGAGCCCAAAGGUCAAGAGAAAAAGACAUGCAUGCAGACCAUCAACAGCUUCCUGGAUCUGACCCUGUUCACUCACCGAGGCUUCCUGCUGUACCUGCUCGGAAACGUCGUCAUGUUCUUCGGCCUCUUCGCACCACUUGUUUUCCUCAGUAACUAUGCGAAGAGUAAAGAGAUCUCCAAGGAUAAGGCUGCGUUCUUGUUGUCCAUCCUGGCCUUCACCGACAUGAUUGCUCGGCCGUCCAUGGGCCUGGUGGCCAACACUCGCUGGGUCCGGCCACGUAUCCAGUACUUCUUCGCCGCAUCUGUGCUGUAUAAUGGCGUCUGCCACUUGUUGGCACCACUCUCCACCGAUUACGUGGGUUUUGCCAUUUAUGCAGUGUUUUUCGGUGUGGCAUUCGGCUGGCUGAGCUCCGUGCUGUUUGAAACUCUCAUGGACCUGGUGGGCGCUCAGAGGUUCUCCAGUGCUGUCGGCUUGGUGACCAUCGUGGAGUGUGGGCCUGUGCUGCUGGGGCCUCCGAUGCUGGGAAAGCUCAAUGAUGAUUAUGGUGAUUAUAAAUACACAUAUCAGGCUUGUGGAAUCGUCCUGGUGAUUGCCAGCAUAUUCUUGUUUGUGGGAAUGGGAAUCAACUACCAUUUGUUGGAUAAAGAGAAGAGGGUGGAGGAGAGAAGAGCAAAACAGGAAGAGAGGGAUGCUGAGACGAAUGUAGACAAUGCCCUGAUCGAGAAGGCAAAGGAGGCGGAUGGAGGUGCAUCAGAUGCAUAAGCUGACAUUGCCAAAUGGAGGAAAUGUUAAUAUGUGCACACACACCAACAAUCUGUCUUCCGGUUUUGACCAUCCAAAAUGAUAAUGCAUCACUUAAUGAUUCAGCCAGUGUUUAAAACGGCACAAAGGCCUUUGAUGCCAAGAAAUUCUCCUUUAUGCAAUCUCACACACGUCAAAUGUUACUGUCAUUCUCCCAACAUUGAUACGGGAGUGUCUUCAUACCUUAAUGUCACAAUUAGCCUUUUUUGGUAUAUAUUAUAACCAGAAUGAGAACAUUCCUAGAUUUGACUCCAGAAUAACAGUUUAUAAACCUUUAAAUUAAACCACAAAAUGGCCAUUUCAAAAUAUUUUUUCAGAAUUAUGAUGUGUGACAUUUAAGGUAACAUACACACAGAAUUUGUCAGUUCAAGACAUGAAAGAAGAAAGAUUUCACUCUUCUGUCAAUCUUCCAUCUUCAAAACAUAGUGUUAAAAUUUUUGUUUAGUAUGUGUAUGUAGUCUUCCCUAUUCUGACUGGCUGGUAGAAAAUAGUGCCAGGAUUUGCUGGAUUGCCAUAUAAAGGCAAAGAGCAGAAAUUAUUUCAAGACUGAUUGGAAGGUUUUUUUUUUUUUUUUUUUGAUUGAUUGAUUUGAUAUCAGCUUUUGUGCUCUAAACAUUUGGUUAAGUCCCUUGUGUCACUGGACUCGGAUUCACUCAUGAAAUAGGGCAGAAUGCCUUUGCAUGGCUGAAGAAUUCACGGUUUGUUUCCAUGGGCAGUUAAAUGUAUUUUAGUUUUGACAGACUGCUUCCUGCUCUGGUGAUCUGAGAUCUCACACUGGUUAUCAGACUCUUUACUCUCUGUACUGUAAGCAUUAAGAUUUCUCUGGUUACCAUUUUUAGGAAGUACAGCAGACACAAUAUUGCAAAGGUCUUUGUUUUUCGUCUGAGGCCGUUCUCACUUCUUCACAUGGAAAGACUGCUAGAGAUGUGCUUCAGUUUUUACGUUUCUUUUAUCAUUAAUGAAGAUGAUGAGUUUCACUAGGGUACAUUCAAAUAGGGGAUCCUUUUAUAAGUGUUUUCACUUGCUUUUUUGACCACGUUGUUUUUAAAUGUCUCGAAACUAGUUUUAAUUACGGUUGCUAACAGAACCUGUGCCUUGAUUAGGUGCCUUUCUAUCUACAUGCAGGUAUUAUUUGUAUUUGAACGGCCAUACGUGUAAAAAAAUACUAACUCUUGAACCUUUUUACAGAGCUUUCUGUAAUGUCAAGAGAAUUUGUAGUGAUUUUUAAUUUUUAAUUUUUAAUUUGCUUGAUUUCAACCUGUUCCAGCAACAAAAGCGCUACUGCGUUUGCGUUGGCUAGAAAUAAAGGCGACUUAAUUUCAAGUUCUGCUAGUGUUAACCCGCACUCACCAGGGAAUAUUCUUGAAUUUUCUAAAGCCAUUUUAAUCCUUCUGCUUUUUAGAUUUGCUGAGCAUGUGAAAAACAACAUGACUCUCAGGUCUGCGAAAAGAACAAGAGUUAACAGCGCUCAAACAUAUAUCAGUGAAAGUGAGUGAAUUUCAGGUGAAAACAUUGAAACAAAGGGAGGAAACACCACCACCUGCUGGCUGCUGUGAUUCAUUGCUACACUGCAGUCAAAUAGCAGAUGAAUCAUAUAGGUUUUUUUUUUUUAGAAACCUUUUGUUUCAGCAAGUAGUAAAUCUGUUCUAGUGUCGUUUUUUAGUCACAGUAGAUGGCAUUUUCUGUAUCGUGUACGUUAAUCGGGUACAUUUAAGCUGAAAUUCAUACUCUUUCGUAAUGCACACAUAGCAUUAAUUGCUGUAAGCCAAUAGAAAUGUAUCAGUGUGGGUCCUGAGGGGAUGUGCGCUUGUAUACAUUUCUCUGGUAAUGUAAUGUAAUCUCAGAGCUCGUCUGAAUAAUAGCAGCUGUGAGACAAAAAGCAGAAAGAAGCAGGGUAGUGUUAACGACUCUUUUUAUCUCAGAAAAGAUCAGAUUCGCUGCUCCGACUGCACUUCUGUGUACGGGAUCAGAGCUGUCUAAACUCCACUCCACUGUGUGUGUGCAGGUGGAUUUCUUAUUAGUGUUGGUAAUUGUGUGAAGGAAGAUACUGCUGUAUAGAGAAAAUGGACCACCCUGAGAAAAUGCAAUGUGACGUUAGAGGGUGAAGCUUUUUUGCUCUUCUCUUUUAAUUUUUCCAUAAUUAUGUCCGCUUUUAAUUGUGGGCCGAGGUAACAGAAGUAACACUAACCAGCGUGCUUUUAAAACUUCUCCUGUCAGCAAGACAGUUGUGUGAGGUGAAGAGAGACUGGUAGGAAGUGUUUGUUUGUGCACAGAGAUUCCAUUAAAAAAAACUCAAGAUUUCUAAAUUUUGUAGAAUUUUUAAGUCAAUUUGAAGAAUUUCACGUGUGAAAAUUUUGUAUGUUUUGAUGUUUUUUGUGUGGAUGAUCAAAUCAAUAAACUUUUUUUAAUAAAAUAUAAA